AGAGAGAGAGAGAGGCGAUCGAGGCUUGUAAUUCUCCAUGGCAAAGCUCGUUGUUCAGUUUGUUUACUCACUCGCUAUUGAUGGGAAAAUCAAGGCAUGGCUGUAUGAUAACAUAGGAUCUAGGGUGGACUAUGAUGCUCCGGGGAAUUGGUGUUCAACAAUGUUAUAUAGCUCUGAUGGAAGCAGAUUGUUUUGCUGUGGCACUAGCAGAGAGGGAGACUCAUUUCUUGUUGAGUGGAAUGAUCUUGAAGGGGUGAUAAAGAGAACAUAUGUUGGUUUCCAGAAAAAAUCCAUUGGUGUUGUUCAGUUUGACACUACCCAAAACCACUUUUUGGCUGCUGGAGAAGAAAAUCAAAUAAAGUUUUGGGAUAUGGACAAUGUGAACAUGCUUACAGUCUCUCCCACGAUUGAGAUUCAAUAAGGAAGGUAAUCUUCUUGCUGUUACAAUAAUGGACAAUGGUUUUAAGAUACUUGCCAAUGCAGCAGGACAUAGAUCUCUGGGAGCUUUUGAAAGUCAA